AACACUCUGGAAGGAAGAAGACGCUCGGCAGUGAGUGAUCAAAUGGCCGCACGCCUGCAGUGAGGUUCGAUCGCCCGAGUUUACUUUUUUUCAUACAUCACGGAAUUUGAACUACUUUCAUUCGAAACAUGUCUUUUCCUGGUUCUAUCGCGUUCGAUGAGUACGGAAGACCUUUUAUUAUCUUGCGUGAUCAAGACAAGCAGAGUCGCUUGACCGGCAAUGAUGCGAUUAAGUCGCAUAUCUUGGCAGCUCGGAGUAUUGCCAAUACUUUAAAAACAUCUUUGGGUCCCAAAGGUUUGGACAAGAUGUUAGUUAGUUCCGAUGGUGAUGUAACAGUAACCAAUGAUGGAGCUACGAUCUUGAAAAACAUGGACGUAGAUCAUGAAAUCGCCAAGUUGAUGGUGCAGCUUUCUCAAUCGCAGGAUGAUGAGAUAGGCGAUGGCACAACUGGUGUUGUUGUAUUGGCUGGCGCGCUAAUGGAGCAAGCUGAACAGCUCUUAGACAAAGGAAUUCACCCAAUCCGAAUAGCUGAUGGUUUCGAGCUUGCAGCCCAAUGUGCGAACAACCAUUUAGACACUAUUGCGGAGGCUUUCCCAGUCAACCUCAAAGACUUGGAACCUCUAAUCAAGACUGCCAUGACUACUCUUGGUUCCAAAAUCAUCAACAAGUGUCACCGACAAAUGGCGGAGAUUGCUGUGAAUGCAGUGAUGGCUGUCGCUGAUUUGGAGACACGAGACGUCAAUUUUGAAUUGAUCAAACUAGAGGGUAAAGUUGGAGGACGCCUUGAAGACACAAUGUUAGUUCGUGGCGUUGUUGUAGACAAAGACUUCAGUCAUCCUCAAAUGCCUAAGAGGUUGGAGAAUGUGAAAUUGGCAAUUCUUACUUGUCCAUUUGAGCCGCCAAAACCGAAAACUAAACAUAAGCUUGACGUGACUUCUGUAGAGGACUACAGAGCAUUACGAGAAUACGAACGUGAAAAAUUCACUCAAAUGGUAUCUCAAGUCAAACAAGCCGGGGCAACGCUCGCUAUUUGCCAGUGGGGAUUUGACGACGAAGCCAAUCACCUUCUCCUCCAGGAACACCUGCCCGCUGUGCGGUGGGUCGGUGGUCCCGAAAUCGAGUUGAUUGCCAUCGCUACCGGCGGUCGUAUCGUUCCUCGAUUCGAAGAAUUGACUCCUGAUAAAUUGGGAUACGCGGGUGUGGUCAGAGAGUUGACUUUUGGAACCACAAAGGACCGCAUGCUCGUCAUUGAGGAAUGCAAAAACUCACGAGCAGUAACCAUAUUCAUUCGUGGAGGCAAUAAAAUGAUUAUUGAGGAAGCGAAACGUUCGAUCCAUGAUGCACUUUGUGCUGUGCGCAAUCUUGUAACGGAUGGAAGAAUAGUUUAUGGAGGUGGAGCAGCUGAAGUUUCCUGUGCAUUGGCAUGCGCCGCUCAUGCCGACAAGAUCAGCACCCUUGAGCAGUAUGCAUUCCGUGCAUUUGCUGAUGCGCUCGAGGCCAUCCCCAUGGCAUUGGCAGAAAACGCAGGACUUUCUCCUGUCGAUGCUCUUGCUGAAGCCAAGGCGCGCCAGUUGACAGAAUCAAACUCUAGUCUUGGAAUUGAUUGCAUGAACGUUGGCACAACCGACAUGAAAGUCCAGAACGUCAUUGAAUCUCUGAAGAGUAAGCAGCAGCAAAUCUUACUUGCUACGCAAUUAGUGAAAAUGAUAUUGAAGAUCGAUGAUAUCAGGUCUCCCAGUGACAACGGUAUGGGAUGUUAAAUCUGCCGAACAUUCGCAAUAAAGAUUGUUCAAAUUUUCACGACACGUUAACGCGGCUGGAUUAUUGUAUUAUUAAUACGCUUCAUUUGAAUUGUUACUGAUAGUUAUUAAACAUCACCCAGACCGCUUACUACGCUCUAAUUAAACAAUUAAUUGACUUCAUGCUGA